AUUUUGAGGUUGGUAGUGAUUGAUAUUAACUCGUCAGGUUCGUUUCGUGCGUUUCUUUUAUUUAGGAAUUUUAUAUUCCAUAUUAGUCGUUAAAUAAGAAAAAUUUGUUAAAGUUAACCAUUAAUUAACCAACGUGCCGCAUGGUAAAAGUAAAUAAAAAUACGAACGGAUAUCAUUCGCUCAACUAUUAAAACAAAAAAUAAAGCAACAAAAUUAUAAAAAUAAAAUAUAAAGGUCAUUUUAGUGUAAAUUAAUUUAUGUAUAUAGUGAAAGAGAAGUGAAAAGAAAUUUUUGUAUAUAUUUUAAAUUAAAAAAAGCAAAGUGUAAAUUUUGCGAGAAAAGUAAAGCAAAAUAAAAAAAAAAGAAUUAAAGCAAAUUGAAGUAAAUGUUUAAACGUGUAUAUAAAAGCCAGUAAUUAUGUUAAAAAUGUUGAAAUUUUCUAUAUUUUUAAUGAUUCUCUAUGCACGCUAUGCACAGUGUCUGUGGGAUUUUGCCGUAACCGCCAAAACAAAAAUUGUAUUUUAUGAUGAACAUUGGCGAGAGAUAACCACGUCUGCACAUCAAUUUGAUCAGUUAUCGGCAAUUGGUUUUGAUGAAACCGAAGAAAUUGUUUAUUUUGCCGAUCGUAUGCAUAAUAAUGGCAGCAUAUUCUCACUGAAAAUACCCACAGAGCAAAAUGAUCAACAUAUUAUUGAGAAAAUUGUGCAACGUACGCAAAAGGAAAUAAUUACUGGUAUAGCUUAUGAUCCGCUCAAUCGUAAUGUUUAUUGGGUGGAUCAAUUAAAUCGUAAAAUUCAUUUUAUUUCUAUCGAUGCUCAGGAAAAUGAUCUUCCCAAAACUUUGUUGGAUUUUACAACUGAAGAGUCGGUGCCUGAUGGCAUAGCUAUUGAUAUUUGCCGCCGUAAAAUCUAUUGGACAAAUUCUAAUUUCCAUAAUGCUUCCAUAGAACGUAUGGACUUAAAUGGCGACAAUCGUGAAGUUAUCGUUAGUAAAGAUCUUUAUUUACCACGUGGUAUAGUGGUAGAUCAAUUGUCGGAUCGUAUUUUCUGGGUAGUCGAUCAACAGGGCAUGCAUUUUACUGUUGAAAGUGCCCGUUUGGAUGGCAGCGAUCGUGAGAUAAUUGUUAAGGGUCUAGAUAGUACUCCCUCCAAUUUGGCGGUAACAAAAGAUUUAAUAUUCUGGACUGAUCGCAGACAUAAUGCGGUAUGGACACACAUUAAAUUACCUAGCAAGAAGAUUAAUCAAACCGAGGAACAAUACGAAGAAGCCACUAAACCACAUAUUGUUCUAAAACUAACCGAAACACCCAGUGGCAUUGUGUCACGUUCACGUUACAUGACAACGCUGCAAAAUGAUCAACACUGUUCGGGAGUGGUAAAUAAAAUCAAACACCAUCUUUUAAAUAGCCCACAAGCAAAAGCCACCCACAACACCACUGAACAGUUUGUAGCAAAACCAGACUAUUGUCUAAACGGUGGCGAAUAUAUACCACAAAGUGGUAUUUGUAUAUGUAAAAUUGGUUUCAAAGGUGCUCGCUGUGAAACGAGCGAGUGUCAUAAUUAUUGUGUACAUGGUACCUGCACCAUUUCCUCCUCCUCUUUUCCCAAGUGUGCUUGCCAACGUGGUUUCUAUGGUGAACGCUGUCAGGCUUAUCGCUGUUCCGGCUACUGUUUCAACGAAGGUGUUUGCAAAAUCGAAAGCAAUGGUGAACCUUCUUGUGAGUGUCCGGAUAAUUUCGAUGGUCAACGUUGCGAGUUGAAUUCAACAGAGAUAUGUUCGCUGUAUUGUAGGAUUUUGAAACAUGAACCGGAUGCGUAUGCUCCAUUCGGUUGUCAUGAUAUUUGCGAAGAAUUGGCCUCAGAAAGCGAGCAGGCUGCUCAAAUGUAUGCCAUACCCACCUACAAACAUUUAGAGGUGUGUCGCAAUCAAGUUACCUGGACUAACACCCUAAUCAUAGCACUAGUAGCGGGAGUUGUAUUAUGCCUAACACUAGUACUCUUAAUUGUACAUGGUGUCAGACGUUUCUAUAAACCAGCCAGACCAAGAAUAAAGAAAACCUUUGUGGUGCGUAGACAGCCAGCCUCCGCCUCCGACACGCCCCUAACCAACCGACCCAUGGCUACCGAACAAUGUGAAAUAACUAUAGAAAAUUGUUGUAAUAUGAACUAUUGUGAUACGCCUUGUUUUGAUCCUAAAUUGGUGCAACAAACUUUAGCGCGUGAUAGCCCCAAUACCAAAGAAGAUAAAAAAGUUUUAAUACACAAUAUGGAAGAUGAUUUAUAUUGAAAUACUGCUAAUGAGGAUGAGGCUGUUAAAAAAAAUGAAAUAAACAAUAAUGCAAACAAGUUUUUGGCGUCCAUAUACCAAACACACAUAAAGAGGCCUUAAAUCAAUGGAAAAAUCACAGCCAUAUAAUUUAAAAUUUAAAUUAAAUGGCAGUUUAUUAAGUACUUAAAUUACUUACAUUUCUAUGCUCAAACUAUUUUACAAAGAAAGGCUAAUUUCUUUAACAAAUGAAUUAAAUUGGGUUUUGUUUUUAUUUUAAAGUUAUUUGAUUAAAAAAAAAAAGAAAUUUUAAAAAAUCUUUAACUUACUUUAAAAUAUCUCUUCUAUUGUAAUCUUUUAUCUGAAUUUUUUUAUUAUUUAUUUUGUUUAAAGAAAUUUAUUGAUUAUGUGUUGUUUUAGGGCUAAAAAUACAAAUUCUAAAUUUUACUUAGAACAUAAUUUAUCUUCCAACAUAAAAAGGAUAAUGUUCAACAAACGGGUUUACUUAAUUAAGUUAAUAAUUAGCAUUCUAUUACAAAAAAAAAACUUAUUUUAUAAAAAAAAGAAAUUGCACAAAUUGCAAGUAAAACAUACAAAGAAAUCACCAACAAAAAGAAAAACUGUCAACAAGCUUUAAGCAAUAACACUUAAAAAAUACAUAAAAAGACGUUAACUCUAAAAAAAAACUAAUCAUAAAAAAGCUUCUCAUUUCGCUUAACAAAAAACAGCAUCAUUUAAUUUUUAGUUAUUAUUUAUUUUCAAUGUGAUUGAAUUACUUAAUUUUUUUUUUUUUAUUGCAAAAAAAUAUUUUUGUAAAUAUUUAAAUGAAUUAUUCAAAAUUAUUUGAAAUCAUCUUGCUUAAAAGGGAAAAUUAAUUUUCUCUUUAAAAUUUAAAAUCAAAAAGGGUUAAAGUAGUUUAAAAUCUUCAUUAUAUAUAUAAAAAAAGUUCCUUUGUUAUAACAUAUUAAUAUACAAUAUGUGUAUAUAUGUAUGUAUAUUAAAAAUCCAAAAACCAAAUAAGUUAAAUGGAAUUCAUCUUUUUUAUUUGUUUUUAUUUCAAAAGAAAAAUAAAUAUGUUUAAAUAUUUAAACACAUUUCAAAUUAACUGCUCUAACUUACACCAUUUACUCUCGGGAAGGUUAUUGUGUAAUUCUCUUCGAUAGAAAACAUUUUCGAAACGAAUUACAAUUUAAACAUUCCCUCCCAGAUAACUUAAACAUGGAACUGUAAGUUAUAUUUUAUAUAAAAUUUCUAUUUUAAGGAAUUUUGUAUUAAAAUACAUAGUAGUAAUUUUUUUUUUUUAAUUUUUUAAUUUUAUUUUUUUUUUCACACACACACACAUUCAUUUUAACUGCCACGAUAUUUUUUAUUUUUUAAUAUAUUUUUUUGUUAAUAUAAAUUUUUAAUACUGUUCACAGCCAUUUAAUUUAAAGUAAAAAAUGAAAUGUAAUGUAAAUAAAUAAUAAUGAAAUUAUAUAUAUAGUAAUACUUAGUAUAAUUUAAACGUGUAGUUAAGUUUUAGAAAUAAAAAAAU